AUGCUGCAGGCGCUCGGCGUGGCUGAUGCAGGCGCAAGCCGCGCCCUCGGCGCCUCCGGCGCCGCUGCGGCUGGUGCGGUCGGAGAGCCACUCCACCUCCGUCAGCGUCACACAGCUGCACGAGCAGGGCAUUGCCCUGGUCGACGUGCAGCGCGCGAGGCGGCUACUCGCGAUCGUCAGGAGGCGUGGGGGGCGAGCAAGGCCGCGGCGGCGGCGCGCAAGGCGGUGCAUGGGGCCCUGCGGAGCGGGAGGGUGGAGGACGCGGCGUGCCAGCGCGGCACGGGUGGCGGAUCCCGCCGUUUCGAGGAGGCCCUGUGGGCGCAGGCGGCCAGGCCCACCUCCAGGUACCGGAUCGCCCCCGGCGUGCGCGCGGAGCUCCUGUGGGCGCCGCGGCGCGGCGCGAGGCGCACCGGCUACGUGCUCGCGCCCGGCGCCGAGUUCGCCUCCGUGCGCGAGGCGGCGGACGCCGACGGCAGCCUCUGGCUGCGCGUGGGCGGCGCGGCCGACGCGGCCGCGGCGCUCCGCAGCGGGGCCGCGGCCGCGGGAGCGCGCCCGGCGCCCUCGGGCGGCCCGGUGCGCUUCGAGGACCUGCCCGGGGCCGUGGGCUCGCGGGUGCGGCGCGGGCCAGACUGGGAGUGGCAGGAUCAGGACGGAGGCGGCCUCGGCACGGUGAGGGGUGCCGCGGACGAGCGGGGCUGGGUCCGGGUCCACUGGGACGCCGGUGCGGACCGCGCCGGCGCCCAGUCGCAGCACGACCUGGAGUACGUCGACACCGGGCUUGGGCCCCAGCCGCUGCUGCCGGCGCAGGGGUGGCUGCUGGUCCGGGCGCCCUUCGAGCCCGUGUGCCUGUCGGAGGUGGCCCCCGGCACGCCGCUGCUGCUGGCCGCCACGCUGGACGAGGUGGUCGUGGAGCGCAUCGAGCCGGCGGGGGGCCAGGCCUGGGAGCGAGAUCAGCGGCGCAAGACGGGACUGGUCACAGGUGAGGUCGCGAUGGAGCACAGCUGGGGUUGGCGGCAGUAUAUCAUCGGGGCCCUCAACCAGUCGAUGGGGGUGAAGUUGGACGGGCUGCAGACCCGAGUCGACGCCCUGCAGCGCACUUCAGAGGCGAGCAGCCGCGACAUCUCCGCGGUGCAGGCCAGACUGAGGGCGCAGGAGGUCCGACUGGAGGCUCUCGAGGCGGGUCGCUCUUCUGCGAGUUCGGUCGGACCUAGAGCGGGCUUGGGAUCUGCUUCCCACGUGAGCGGCCAGCCUGAUCCGUGGGGCGCGUACCUGGAUCAGCAGCGUGCUGGCGGGAUGCCACCGCCGACGUCACGGCCGCGAGGAGGGAAGAACUGCAAGCACAUGGUGUUCGUCGCGGGCUUCCCAGGCACGUGGGACAAGGAUGAGGUUGAGAAGCACUUGCGUACGGAGCUCGCCAGGACGAUCUCCCUAGAGGCGCAGGGGAUCACGGAGAUCUACGGGGUGGGGAGGUUCUGCGACCAGGCCAAAGUGGUCUUCGCGAACAAUCAAAAGAUGUGGGGCUUCAUGAAGCGCUGGAAGGGCCAGAAGAUCCCAUGCCCUGGAGCGCGCAACGACAAGCUGUGGCACAAGGUUGACCAGGAGCCCCACGAGGUGGAGCUCUCGCGGCGGGUCAGCUGCGCGGUGAGGAUCCUGCGCGAGUUCGGCAUUCAGUCGGGAUUGUGCACGGAGGAGUCGAAGCAGCGGACUUUCGAUGGCGACUGGGACCGCGGACAGGUGGUCUUCCGCAAGAACAGUACGGAGAGGCCAGUUCGCCUGCUGCAGCGCUCCAGGACGUCAGACAUGCUCGAGGUCAGCACCGACGCCCUGGCAGCGGCUGUUCUGGACCAGGAGCUCAAGGAUCUCAAGCUGCACGAGCGGCUGAGCGAGAUCAACGACCCUCCGAGGUGCGCGAUAGCGGUGGCCAACUCACUGGCGCCCUCCGUCAUUGGCGAGCCGCAGUUCCACGGUCGCACCAUGGCCCUGGACUUACAGUUGCCUAUCUGGGGCCGAGUGCGGGCUAUCACUAGCCACCUGUUUUCGCAUAUCGUUCGAUGUGAGUACGCGGAGACCGUCCAGCAGUUACGAGAAUGCUUGAAUACCAUGCCGAUCGAUUGCCACGCCAUUGUCAGCAUUGAUGCCCGGGACGGCCUAGGGAUGCCUGACGGAGACAUUGUGGGCCCUUUCUCUACUUCCGACAUGACCUGGCGAGGCGAGAUGCUUCACGACCUUAUGACCGAGUUCGAUCUGAUAGCUGCUAAUACCUAUUCCCGUGGACAGUGGGGCCAGGCCACCUGUUUCUUUGACAAUCGCAAGGGGCCUAGACAGAUCGACUUCAUGUUGAUCCACCGCGACUGGUUGCCGCGGACGCACUGUCAGGCCCGCUUCACCGACGCCUCUUCGAGCGACCACCUGCCGCUCCUCCUGCGCUGCCAUGAUGGCCAAGGUGUUCCCACGAUCGAUGGCCAUACCGAGCUGACACCGAUGGAGACCGUUGAGCGACCACAACGGAAGCCCGCGGGCUGGCAGGUCGAGGACCCUGAGCUGUUCAACUCCACCAUCUGCACGUCCCUGGAGAUCAGCUACACCCCGCCAGAGACCGCGAUGUACACUGAGGGGGACAUGACGAACGCUAUGAGGAUCUUUACUGACGGCUCUGCUCGGCGUGGACGAGAUCGACAGCGACGUCAUCGGUGCCAUGCGGCUGGCUGGGGUUUCGCACUCUAUCACGUAGCCGAGCCGAAUGACCAGGAUACCAGCCUUCUGGAGGCCUGUGGUCAGGUCACCACUGACGUGCAGGACCCUCGAUCUGUGGGCGCGACAUGUUUAUCGGCGAACACGGGUGAGCUGACGGCCACCAUUGAGGCGCUGCUCUGGCUACUCGGACAUCGUUUACUCGUUCAGCCACUAGCACGGGACGGCACCCGCAUCAUCGUCAGCACCGAUUCCACGUACGUGCGCAACCUGCUACAGGGUGUCUUCCAGCCGAAGGAGAAUUUUGAGCUUGCGACCCUGGCCACCCACCUGUGGCAGCGCUGCCAGACCGCUUAUGACAUGAUCAUCAGAUGGGUGAAGAGCCACAACGGGAACACGGGCAACGAGCAGGCAGACUGCCUCGCUAAGAAGGGCAGUGACCAGCGUUACAGCGACAGCCACUGGAGACGGCCAUAUCCGACACCCGACUGGGACUCGGCUGGUUUCCAGGACACCUGUGUUGCCCACCGCGCAGCCUGCCGCGCGGAGCGGAAGCGACGCCAGGCCGACAUCCUCAGGGAGGACGCGGGUGCCGCAUUGGGUCUUCACCUGACAGCGCCUACGGCGACUGCCUCCAGCACGCGUCAGGGCAUCGCCUCGCUGGGCCUCCUGUCAGCCGCCAUCUGCGCGGCCGCCGCGAAGGCUGGCCACGCCCCACGCCGAGGCCGGUGGCGGCCGCCGCCAGGCGACGCCCAGUUACUCCAGCUGCAGGCCCUGGAGCGCGCGCGAGCCGCGGAGGAGGACCCGAGAGUGAGACACCUCAUGGGGCCUGCGGUCUGCAAGCUGAAGCGGGCUAUGAGAGACCGAUGUUCCACUGAGCACCUGGCCCGUCUGUGCGAGCGAGGUCGGGCCGAGAAGGCCUACAAGACGGGGCGCCCAGCACGCUGCCUUGACAAGAUGGAUGGCGGCCAGGCUACCACCAGUGCCGAGAGACUGCAGGAGGCUCAUACUUUCUACACUCAACUGUUCCAGGACGCGACCAGUGACCGACAGCUGCCAGAUUGGAUCCACCAGCAGUGGUCAGCCGAGGAGCAACAACAGUCCGCGCCUUUGAGCCCCCCGCUUCUCCGCACGUGCAUCGGUUGCCUCAAGAGCUGCAAGUCCUGCGACGAGACUGACAUGAUCGUGGGCGAAAUGCUCCAGGGGCUGGAGACGGACGUAUUAGAGCACCUGCUGCAGGCCUUCAGACUGCGGCUCAGGAAUCACGCCUCGGAACAUUUCGACGCGGCCUGGAGUGGCCACGUGGUUCAGCUCAUCCGAAAAGUGCCAGAUGCCCGAAAGAUCAGUCAGUUUCGCCCGAUAGCCCUGAUUUCGGUGUUGCAGAAGAUACUGAGCAUGAUGGUGAUGGAAACGCAGCGAGGCAGCGUCGCCUGCUCCAGCGGGGACUCGCGGGAGCCUCCCGAGGCACACAGCAGAGUCCUUACGCAAUUGGAGUACGAUGUUGCCCAGAUCAAGUCCAUCACCGGCAGCCUCGAGGAGCAUGAGGCGGAAUACGAAUUGGCCAUCCGUGAGCUACAUGCCGGAGUGCAGGGACCACCGCUGCCAUCGUCACCCAGUUCAGCCAGCUGCGUGCUCCUAUCAGAACUCAGGGACAGCAAGAUGGGUUGCUUUGAUGCCAACCGAGGAGACUUGCCCGGCUUCAACGACUACGCGGACCUGUCCAAGAGUGGGCAGGAGCGUCGCCUCAUGAACGCCAGGUACUCUGGCAUGCUGAAGAAGAUGGCCGGCCGGCCUGCCGGCGCCGGCCUGCGGGCGCCGGCCGCCGCGGGGCAGGACGGUGCCGUCGUGGUCUGCCGCUUGAAGGAGGGGACCUCGGGAGCCUGCGACGAGGACGAGCUGUUCGCGUAUCGCCUGGUGGACCUGGUCUGGCCCGGGACCGGCCCCACGAGCCCGGAGGUGGCCGCCGGGAGGGCGCUGCACCACUACGAGGGCGUGCCCCACAGCAGGCGCGAGCUCGUCCUGAGGCUGGGCUCGGAGGAGGCCGCCCGGAAGGAGUGGGGCAACGACGUGGCCGACUGCUCGGCCUUCGCGAGUUGCGUGCGCGGCCACUUUCUCCACGCCAGGUGCUUCCAGGGCUGCCUGGUGUCUGGGAAGGGCUGCCCCGCCUGCGGCGAGCCGCCCCUUGUGCCCGCCGUCGCGCGGGAGGUCCAGGACGACGAGGCCUGCUGCCAGGGGGCCCGGCAGGACCCCGAGGCGGAGGCGGUGCGGCUGGCCCAGGAGGCGGGCGGCGUGGCGGCCGCGGGCGCCGAAGGCCUCUCGGACGUGACGGAGCUGCAGGGGGGGCUCGGCGGCGUCAGCCCGCGGAUGUGCCCCCUGUGCUUCGCGGGGCCCCUGUACAACCCGGAGUGCGCGGACCUCCAGGCGCACCAUGGGCAGUGCCCGCGGUGUCGCGCGAGGCCCUUUACAGCCGCGCAGAUCGCGGAAGCCGUGGCGCAGCGGGGCCUGGAGAAGCGUGGGCGCGCGCAUCCCCAGGUGCCAGGCCUGCAGCGUGCCCGUGCUGUUCAACGGCUGCGUGGCCUGCGGCCACCCGUUCCUCAGCGGCUGGAACAGCCUGCCGCUGUGGGACCCGAAGGCCAAGGUGGAGCUGGACACCAACGAGCGCUACCUGCGCAGCGUGCGGCUGCUGGCGGGGCAGGUUCGGGACCAGGCCGCCCUCCUCGCCCACGAGCAGGCCGCGCUGGCCGAGGCGCGCGGCGGUGCCGGCGCGGCGGCGCCGGCCGCGGCUCCGGCGCUGGACUUCCGCGAGGCGCCGCCGGCGCCUCGGCUUAACCGGGCGCCGAGGGCGGAGGCGGCGCGGGCGCCGCCGCCCCUGCAGCUGGCCGACUCCGACUCCUCCGACUCCGAGUGAGACUCCUGGCCGCGGGCUGGCCGGCGCAGCGUGGAGGCACCUCCUCCUCCUCCCCCCCACGGCUCCGCGCCCUUCUCGGCCUCGCCUACAGCCCCUGCUCGUUCUGGCGGCGACCUCCAGGCGUUGCCUCCCAGCGCCGUCGCCACGCGAUCGGCCGCGCGCGCCCCUCCGACAGGCUCUAGGCUCUAGGCUCUCCGCCGGGCGGUCCGCACACAGGCAGACAGGCCGCCGCCCUCCGGCCGGGCGCGCGUGCGAUGGCACGAUGCGCAAGA